AUGGACAAUGUUGUCUGUGUGUCGGGUCCUGAUCAUGCAUUGGAUUACGCGACAUCGAUUGAUGAGGCACAGCGAAUCUUUUCGGCGUUUUGGCCCGAUCGUGACUUCCUGCCGCGUUCGUUGCCAAAACCGGAUGAAGAAGAAGAGGUGGUGGAGGAGCAGGCUGUAGAACAGGUUGCUUGA